GGCGUCAGAACAUAAAAUAAACCCGCGACGUCCUUUUGACGCCGGCGCUCCCGCCCUAUAUAAGCCAUCCCCGUCCCCAACCUCCGCCCCCAAAUCGUUCCCGAUAAGACACGAACCCAAAAAACCAAAGAAAAAUAAGAAAGAAACCGGUUAUGAUCGCUUAUCUGGACCAGCAGCAGCAGCUCCUCGCCCUCGACGGCGACGGAGAGGCGGAGACCUCCGCCGCCGGAUCCGACGACGACCUGGCUGUCCUCCACGCUCUGGACCUCCAGGCGGCGGCCGACCCGGCCGCCGUCGCCGCGGCGGGGGAGGACUUUGGUGGGAUCGCCCGCGCCCGCCCCGUGGCGGUGAUCCGGCCGGCCACCGCCGACGACGUCGCCGCCGCGAUCCUCCUCGCCGCCCGCUCCCCCCGACUCACCGUCGCCGCCCGCGGCAACGGCCACUCCAUCAACGGCCAGGCCAUGGCUGACGGAGGCCUCGUCCUCGACAUGCGUUCCCUCGGCCCCACCAUGGAGCUCGUCCGCACGUCCGCCGCCGGAGGCGGCUGCCCCGCCGUCGACGUGCCCGGCGGGGCGCUGUGGGAGGAGGUGCUCGAGUGGGCCGUCCGGCGACACGGGAUGGCUCCGCCGUCGUGGACGGACUACCUGCGGCUCACCGUCGGCGGUACGCUCUCCAACGGCGGGAUCAGCGGCCAGGCUUUCCGGCACGGCCCCCAAAUUGCCAACGUGUUGGAGCUCGAGGUCGUCAUCGGCAACGGCGAGCGCGUCGUAUGCUCCGCCGCCGCCCGCCCCGACCUUUUCUUCGCGACCCUCGGCGGCCUCGGCCAGUUCGGCGUCAUCACUCGUGCUCGCGUCCCCCUCCUCCUCGUCCCUUGCAUGGUGAAAUGGAUAAGGGUGGUGUACGACCGGUUCGAGGAAUACUCACGCGACGCCGAGUGGCUCGUGACCCGGCCCGAGCCGGCCGCCUUCGACUACGUGGAGGGCUUCGCUUUCGUUAACAGCGCCGACUCGGUGAAUGGUUGGCCCUCAGUCCCUCUCUCCCCGGACUCGCCCUUCGAACCGGCCCGCAUCCCGGCCGGGUCCGGUCCGGUCCUCUACUGUCUCGAAGUCGCCCUCCACUUCAACCAUCACGAACGCGACGCGAUAGACCAGCGAGCGGGGGGGCUGCUGCGGCCGCUGCGGUACAUCCGGGGACUGGAGUUCGCGGCGGAACUGCCGUACGUCGACUUCCUCUCACGUGUGCAGCGGGCGGAGGAUGCGGCACGUGCGAACGGGACCUGGGCGACUCCCCAUCCCUGGCUGAACCUCCUGGUGGCCUCAUCGGACAUCGCCGACUUCGACCGCAACGUCUUCAAGCAAAUCUUGAAACACGGCAUUGGCGGGCCCAUGCUGGUGUACCCGCUCCUCCGGAGCAAAUGGGACCCGCGGACGUCGGUGGCGGUGCCGGAGAGCGAGAUAUUCUACCUGGUGGCGCUGCUGCGAUUCAGCCAUUUGGCGUCUUCGGAGGGCGGGGCGGCGGCGGAGCUGGUGGCGCAGAACCGCGAGAUCGUGGAGUGCUGCCGAGCCAACGGGUACGACUUCAAGCUCUACCUCCCGCACUACCAGUCGGAGGAGGACUGGGCCCGCCACUUCGGCCGCGACUGGCCCCGCUUCGUCGAGCGCAAGGCCCGAUAUGACCCCCUCGCCAUCCUCGCCCCCGGCCAGAAGCUCUUCUCCCGCUCUCGCCCGCCGCCUCCACUGCUUCAGUAAAACAUAAGAACCGAAAAGAAAGAAAAUUUUCAUAGCCGUUGGAUUUGGGAACGAUUGCUGAUGAUCACGACGACGAAGGUGGCGACUCUGGUGGUAAUGGUGGUGGUCCAUGAUUAGGUACUACAGCUUUGCUCUCGUAGUGGUGGGGAACCAGGAGGUGAUGAUGAUGGUUGGAAAGUUUUUGGUGGGGUAUUGCAGAUGGACAGAUGCAUGAUUCUUUCCUUCUCUUUUUUGUUUAGCUAUUUUUGUAUCUCCCUCCCUCUCUCUCUCUCUCUCUUUCUCUCCAUAUAUAUAUAUAUAUCGGCUACAAUGCCCGUUGUAAUUCUUUCCUGGCCCUCCGCUGCUAUCCUUUAUACCAAAUGAUUCUUUCCCUGGUGGUGGUGGUGGUGGCAGGAGUUGAGUCUUAAUGAUGUUAGCUUGGACCACGCAGAGGUGAAGGUUACAUGCAACCACAAAUGGCUAUCAGUUAUUGUGUGCUUUUCUUAAGCAUGCUGUUAAAUCACAGCUGCAUGCACUUUUGAAUCACUUUUGCGAGGCAUCAUGCAAUUUUUCUACAAGAUACAACUAUUGUGAUGAUUGCUCCGGCCAUAGGCUUGUGUGGUGGCCAUGGGUGAGCUCUGGAGGGGGCUCGGCAUAUGAAUUUUCUCCUAUCUAUAAAUUGAUGCUUCAUUUGGAGAUGAA